UGCUGUGUCACGCAAACUUCCUGGGUUUGGAGCCAAGAUGUGACAUGAAAGGAGGGAAGAAAAGACCUUAAAUAGGGAGGGGAGAGAGAUAGUGGCUAACCAUUGCAAGGAGUCUCUGAGAGAAUCUGUAGAAGGUCCUGUUUUCUCAGACACCAUGAGUAAGAUCAGUGAGACUGUGCAGCGGGCCAGGGCUGCCUUCAACUCUAGCAAAACCCGGCCCUUGAAGUUCCGGAUCCAGCAGCUGGAAAACCUCCAAAGGAUGAUGAAGGAGAGAGAAGAGGAAAUCACUGCAGCCCUGUAUGCUGAUCUCCACAAGAGCAAGUGGUGUGCACUUUAUGAAGAGUGCACUUAUGCCUUCGAAGAGGUCAAGUAUGCGCUCGCCAACCUUCCCCAGUGGAUCCUGGAUGAGCCUGUGGAGAAGAACGAUAAUACAAAGGAUGGACAGGCCUACAUCCACUCAGAACCACUGGGUGUGGUUCUGAUCAUUGGGACCUGGAAUUACCCCUUCACUCUGACCAUUCAGCCACUGGUGGGCGCCAUUGCUGCAGGCAAUGCUGUGGUCCUUAAGCCUUCUGAGUUGAGUGAGCAAACAGCCAUCCUCUUGGCCACAUUGCUCCCUCAGUACCUGGACAAGGACCUGUUUCCAGUUAUUAAUGGUGGUGUUCCUGAGACCACAGAAUUGCUGAAGGAGAAAUUUGACCACAUCCUCUUUACUGGGAGCACAGGAGUGGGCAAGAUUAUCAUGACAGCUGCGGCCAAGCACCUGACCCCAGUGACCCUGGAACUGGGAGGGAAGAGUCCCUGUUACAUUGAUAAGGACUGUGACCUUGACAUUGCCUGCAGACGUAUCACCUGGGGAAAGUACUUGAACAGUGGCCAGACUUGUGUGGCUCCAGACUACAUCCUCUGUGAUUCUGCUCUGCAAGGCCAAGUAGUGGAGAAGAUUAAAAAAGCCCUGAAGGAAUUCUAUGGAGAUGAUGCCAAAAGUUCUCAUGACUAUGGAAGAAUGGUCAACAGCCGUCACUUCAAAAGGGUGAUGAGCUUAAUUGAGGGACAGAAGGUGGCAUAUGGAGGGAAUGGAGAUGAGGCCUCUCGCUAUAUAGCCCCCACCAUUCUCACUGACGUUGACCCAAGGUCUCAGGUGAUGCAGGAAGAAAUCUUUGGGCCUGUUCUCCCCAUCAUCUGUGUGAAGAGCCUGGACGAAGCCAUCCAGUUCAUCAAUGAGCGGCCCAAGCCCUUGGCUCUCUAUGUGUUUUCUAACAAUGACCAGGUCAUCAAGAAGAUGAUUGCAGAGACUUCCAGUGGAGGUGUGACUGCCAAUGAUGUGAUAGUCCAUCUGGGUGUCCACACUCUACCCUUUGGUGGUGUAGGUGACAGUGGCAUGGGAUCUUAUCACGGUAAGAAGAGUUUUGAGAUCUUCUCCCACCGCAGGUCCUGCUUGAUCAAGCCUCUGAAGAAGGAGGACUCUGACAAAGUGCGAUUCCCACCUUUUCCUGCCAAGGCCUCACUCAAGUGAGGAGGUGGCCAUGGUCCUUUGCCCACUGGGGAAAACUGAUAGCUGGAAGCCCACCAUUUCAGUCCUAGCUCUGAACUUUCACCCCUGCUGUGCUCCCAACCUCUCCCCUCUCUUCUCCCUGCCUUAAGCAAUCCUACCCUUCCCUCAAUUAGCAGCUUGAAUGUCACCUCCUCUGGGAAGCCUACCCAGGCCACCCCACCCUCCAGCUUGGACACCUUGCUCCUUGGGACUUCUGGAGCAUCUACUGUCUUUACCUGACCCUUGGCUUUAGCAUAGAUUCCUUUGGGUUGUUAGUUAGCUGUUCUAGGGUCCUGCGUUUUUUUCUUCCCUAUUAGACUGGAAGCUCCUCAAGGGCAGGCAUCAGCUUACUUUUUUUGUAU